CUAAUAUAUUUGGGUGGGGAAAUUGCGCCAAAAAUGAAAGAUGAAAAAGAAAUAGUCAACGGAAUUUUAGUUCUGAUAGAAUUUCGUCGAGAAAAGUUUAGCUCGGUCGCCAAUUCGUGUUCUAACUGUAUAAAGUAAUUUUUAACUAAUUUUUAUUAAAAAAUGUCUAGAGUUAGGAAGUGUCGCGUUCGCGAGUGUGAGACAGAAUCUUCCGGAAGAUUCUUCUCAUUCCCUAAAGGAGAGGAGGAGUUGCUGAAGUGGGUGGAAAAUUUACGUAUCCCACCAACGCAGGAUUUACCCACCCACAAUGCAUUUGUUUGCAUUAAGCACUUCGAACAAAGUGCUGUGGGUGUGAAAAAGUUGAAGGCACAUGCUGUGCCCACCCUAAACCUUGGAUAUGACGAACCCCCUAAGCAUUUGUGGACGGCUCCAUUGCCGAUUCGAAGAUGCUGCAUUACUAAUUGCGUUAACAAGCAGAAAACGCUGUACAAAUUUCCGAAAGAAAAAGAUGUUCGGGAAAGUUGGGCAAAGGCUUGCAACUUAGUUGUGUCACCUUCCGAUAGUCUUUUUAUUUGUCGAAGCCAUUUCGAUUCGCAGUACGUUACCAAGUUUAAACUAUUGCCUGGGGCUUUUCCCUGUUUCAGAUUAGGUUCAGCACUAAGUCGUAGCUCAUCUAGUGCUGACUCUAGUUGGGUGUGCCCGCCCGUUUCUAAUACUUAUGGUCGUCAUGAGGUAGCUGUAGGAAGUAAAGAAGAGAAGGACGACAUAACUUUGAGGGAAUUCGAAGAAUAUUCAAUUUUAGAAGAAAGGAGAUUAGGAUUAGAAACCCAAAAUAACGACGUAGGCUAUGCAUUAGAUAGUAGUGAACGAUUUGCUCGAUCGGCACGUUACUAUCAAAGUAAUGCGCUUAAAUUGAAUAAUAAGAUCAAAGAGUUAGAGGAUAUAAUUAAAGACUUGGAAAAAAGGUAA